AUGGCAGCGUUCUGGCAGCAGCGGGGCAGGCGGCAGGAGAACGGAGGGCCGGGCAGUCUGAUUGACAGAGCCACCAGCCCUCGGGAUGAAGGUGAUCCCAAAGCUGAGCAGAAGAGUCUGGAGGAGAGCUGGCAGGACUUGGCCUUGAUCAAGACAACAAAAUCUUCCAAGAAGCAGAGAAGGGAAGACCUCAGUGAGCCUCUGCUCUCUCCAGCUCGGCCGCUGAUGCCAGGUCCUAGGGCCUGCUCUGCCCCUUUGGAGGCUCCUCAGGUCAAGUCUAGCCCACUGUGCUGCCUCACACUGCAGGAGAAGCUCCUCUCACACUACAGCAGCCAGCUCUCCGUGCCUGAGAUCCAAGUGUCCCUGGUCCCACAGCUGGCCAGGAGCAUCUGCACCCAACUGCAGAACUUCCUGCGGAGCAAGUGCCCAGAGCUGCCCUUCGGCCGCCUCUUCCUCAGCGGAGCCCUGCUGGAUGGCCUCGAGGUCCUGGCAGCUGACCACAUCCACCUCAUGCUGCCCGUGGUCCUUGACGCCGGGCUCUGGAGCCUCAUCUCUGGAGAGGACACCGUGGUGAGGAACCCCCAGUACUGGAUGAUCAAGAGGGUUGAUCUGGGGUAUUUCCCUCGUGGGUGCAGCCCCUGGGACAGGUUCAUCGUGGGUCGGUACCUCUCCUCCAACGUGCUCAAUGAGACCCUCCACAAGAUGCUGGUGGCCUCCAUCAACUGGCCUGCCAUAGGCAGCCUGCUGGGAUGUGUCAUCCACCCCGUUGUGGCCUCCCGAGAGCUGAAGCUGGAAGUCAAACACGACCAGGUUGAGCUGAGCAUCACCCUCUUCCCGGUGGUGGAAAUGGAGGACAAGGUUCUUCUGGCUGUUCCCCCUGAAGGACUGGUGGAAAACCUCUGGCUGGAGAGCUUUUACAGGGCAGAAGUCUCGAAGGUGAAGGAGCUGGAUGAUGGUGACUCUGGGGCUCGGCAGCACUGUCUGCGCAUCCUGAAUGGUGUGUGCAAGAGCAAUCCCACCCUGCACAAACUGGGUGGCAGCCCAGUGACCCAUGUCAUCCUGCACCUCAGUGACACUGAUUUGGACUGGGCAGAAGAAAGCCUUGCUGACAGGUUCCAGCAGGUGCUUGAGGAGCUGGUGGCCUACCUAGAGAAAGGGGUCUUGCCUUCCUAUUUCAACCCCAAAAUCAAUCUGUUCUCUCAGCUGUUGGAAGAGGAAAUUGAUGAGAUGGGCUUUGUGCUCCAGUGA